GUUGGCGGCGGUUGGUCUUCGUGGUCUGGAUCUACCAGAGCUCAUGUUCUCCAUCUGCCACGGAGGGCAAUGGCGGGAGCGGCAGCCGCUGCGGCUACUGCAGCAGCUGUAGCCGCAGCUACGGCGGCAUCGUCAACGAAAGUGUCAGCGUCUGCCCCACACCUAACUGCGUCUUCGCCGUUUCCAUCGGCGACCACCAUUCCUACCACGGCAUCCUCAGUGUCUCAAAUGCCUUGGUCGCCGGAAGGCCCGAUGCAAAUCGGUUUCGUGGGUGCAGGUCGCAUGGCCGAAGCUAUCGCAAUGGGCAUGAUCGUGUCAGGAAAAGUGGAAGCUAACAAUAUCUUGGCCAGUGCUCCAUCAGACAAGAACCUAUGGCAUUUUCAGAAUUUAGGCUGUAAAAUAACUCAUUCCAACACUGAAGUACUUCAGAACUGCUCCAUAGUUUUCUUUGCCACCAAGCCCCACAUCCUGCCUGUUGUUCUGGCUGAAAUCUCUCCUGCUGUCACCAGGAAGCAUGUCAUCGUCUCAGUGGCUGCUGGUGUCUCUCUGCACACUCUAGAGAAGCUGCUUCCUCCAAGAUCGAGAGUGCUCCGGAUCAUGCCCAAUCUACCUUGCAGAGUCCAGGAGGGUGCAGUAGUAAUGGCUCGAGGCCGCCAUGCUGAGAAGUGUGAAACUGAAUACCUGCAAAAACUCUUAUCUGUUUGUGGUCUGUGUGAGGAAGUACCAGAGGCCUACAUCAACAUCCACACAGGCCUCAGUGGCAGUGGUGUAGCCUAUGUUUGCAUGUUCUCUGAGGCUCUUGCAGAAGGCGCUAUCAAGUUGGGAAUGCCGAGUUCCCUGGCUCACCAAAUUGCUGCCCAAACACUUCUGGGUGCAGCCAAACUGCUCUUACAAAGUGGACAGCAUCCUGCCCAGCUUCGGUCAGAAGUGUGCACCCCUGGGGGAACUACCAUCUAUGGGCUCCAUGCCUUGGAGCAGGGUGGGCUACGGGCUGCUGCAAUGAAUGCUGUGGAGGCUGCCACCCGCCGGGCACAAGAGCUAACCAAGCAGUAGAGAUCCUGAGCACCAGCUAUCUCCUUCCCCAGCCUUGCUCCUCCUCCCCUGGAGUUUGUGAGAGCUAAUAAUGUGGGUGCAGGGAGACCUCCUAGCUGUGAACAGAAACAACCUGCUCAAACCAGCUGGCAUCUUUCUUCCCUGGACACAGGCCCCUUUCCUUGAAUGUGUACCCUGAUCACUCACUCCCUCCCCACACAAAAGGACUCCAGGUUGAUCCUCUCCCAGUGCACAUUCCAGUGUAUUGUACCACUCUGCUCAUAGGCUCAUAGGUUUUGUGUGGGGCAGAAUGAAUUUUGCAUCAGGAUCCCUUCCAAAGGUCUAGUGAAAGAGGAUAGUCAGCACUUUUCCAUUCCAGUCCCUGCUUUCCCAAGGCCUCUCCUAACAUGUAGGGAACAAAAAGAUCCCCAAGUUUAUACACCAGUUGAUUUUACAGAUCCAAAGUUUUCUCAUCUCAAGGCAAAUUGCCCUUAAUAAAACUCAAUUGGUCUUGUU